AUGGAGGAGGACGUGACCUGUUUUCGGACCUCGUUAGCAGAAGGAUUUAAGAUCUGUGAUGGUAGCAUUACAGACGAGGAGAAAUCAUCUGACAUUAAAACAGGCAAUGAUAAAUCUACUUUCGAUUUCAGUGAAAAAACUUGGACGAAUGAUUUCGCGUUGAUUGUCGAAGACGAGAAGCUGUAUGUGUCAAAGGCUGUUUUGGCACUUCUGUCGCCGGUAUUUAAUCGGAUGUUUCAGACAGACUUUAGAGAAAAAGAUCAAACAGAAUUGAAUCUUCCUGGAAAAAAGGUGCGAGAAAUGCGAGAUUUUCUAAGGUCAAUUUAUCCCGGUAUGAGCGAAUGUAUAUCUGAUGAGAACGUGUACAAAUUGUUACCUCUGGCCGAGGAAUAUCAGGUGACUACUCUGACAGCCAAAUGCGAGAGAUUCCUUAUAAGUAGACUAAACAAAGAACUUCCAGCAGACGACACGAAGAUGAUGUUGCAGACAGCGGCGAUUUAUAAUAUGGAAGAUUUAUUAGUCAAAUUGUGUAAAGAAUGCCCGAACAGUCUGCCAGAGAUGUUAUUUCGGCAAAUAUUCUCCUACCUUCGAAAAUCGUUCCAAAGAUCCUGGAUAAAUUGA